GUUGUGCUCGUACUUAGAUUGCUUGCCAUGUUUGUUGAGAAACAUGGAAGUGGGUUAGAAGUUGUAUAUAGUUUGUCUGGCUGGUUGAAGAACUCUCUAUCAAACUAUCAUAUUCAGCUUGUGACACAGCCUAAACUUUCAGAAGCCAAGCAAGAAUAUGAGGGCAAUUGCAGAGUUCAUGUGUAUAGUGUGCAAGCUUGCAUCCCAAAGGACCCACCUGCACUUUGGAAUGCUGAAUUUAUACAGGCUGAGGAGCUCUUCAAGCAGCCUGCCACAGUGGAUAAUUGCUUGAGAGAUAACAGAUUCUGUGGGAUUUCAACUUCACUUGUCAAGUGCAAUGUUGAUAGAACUACUGCAAGGGUUGCGACUGCACAGCCAAAUAGUGUGGGAAUCUCAGGACUGUCCAAACAUGCUUCUGCUCAUACCAAUGCAGCUUUACCAUCUCAACAAAAUAAAAUUCGGCAAUCAAGCUCCAAGAUUUCUCAGCAACCUCCCAUUGUGAUUAAAGAUACCAAAAGCGACAAUAUCGGUGGAGUCCAUGAUCUGGCCACCAAGCCUUCUUCUGAUAAAGAAAAAAAUGCUUCCUUGCCUUCUAAUAGAAAGAAAGGCCAGAACGAUAAAGGCUCUGCUGGAAAUGGAGGUUCAUUAGCAAAUUUCUGGGAUCGAGCGUCUACUAAACCAAAGACCUGUACCGUGCCAGCAGAUAAUAGUGGUUCCAUCCAAAAUUCCAAUGAUGCACAAGUUUGUGCACGUGAAGCGGAAAAACACGAGUGCAGUGACAUUGAUGCUCAAGAAGUUAAAGUUAGGAAAACUUCUAACAAUGAAGGCAAUAGGAAACGGAGGGUAGUUUUUUAUUUCUCAGAUGAAGAUGAGUAUGAAGAUGCUGUCAAUCUAGCUUCACCUGAUCCCCCUAAAAGGAAAUCGUUUUUAGAUUCAGUACAAAAUUCUAAAACAUUGGCUCCAGAGAAGCUCAUUUUGGUUGUAGAUAAGUCAAACAAAGACGAAGUAAAGGUUAAGGAAGAGAGAACUACGAAUGGAGAAUCCAAUAGAUCAUUGGGGGAAGGAAUUUCACUUGUCAGCAAAAGUGCAAAUGGUAAGAAUUCCUCUUAAGUUAAGCUUGAAAGCCACCUUCCUGAAACUGAUAUAAAUAAGAAGGAAUAAGUGACUGAUGGUGCAUCAAAUUCACCUAAAAGGAGGAAAGUGUUGAAGACAAGUAUUGAUGACCGUGGAAGAGAAGUUACUGAGGUAGUUUGGGAAGGCGAGGAGAUGGAGGUGAAGAAAGCUGAAAGUGACAUGCCAAAGAAAGCUGGAAAUGGAACAACCAAUGCUUUCACAAAUACCAA